GCUGGUGGUUGGUUGCAAGGGACAAAAGGAUGCACGGAACAAGGCCACGGAGAGUUCUGCGAGGAUUCCAGCAGUAGGAGCCAGUUCUCUGGUUUUGAUGGAGCUGGACGUUAGCGGCCUGCGAGCAACCAGUGCUUCUCUCACAGUGGCGUCGGUUAUCUUUGCAGGAGGGGGAGCUCUCCAUCGCCUCGGUGUAGCGCGAUGCGACGAGAGCUUUGGUUCAUCUCUUCCCGAUCCAAAAGGUCGUAGCAGCAUUUGUUGGAGAUUCGGUGGGGCUUCCCUGUCUUUUGUCCGCUCGCUUGUUAUUGGGACUAGCGAACCAAGCUUCCCGAGAAGACGAAGACGAAGGUGAGAAAGAAGAGCUCGCCGAGAAUUUGUCUACGCAUGUAUGAUCGUUAUCCUCAUUUGCUUUUCUCUUUUGCUGAGAGGCCAUCUUUUCUCUCUUCCUUGUUGUCUCGCAACCGCUAGCUAGGCGAGAAAAGAGACGAAGUUUUGACCGACGGGUAGGAUGGGGUUCCGCGAAAAUCGCGACACGUGGACGGUCACGAUGCUCGGCUCUCCGCGUUGCUUAUAUUCCCUUCUCUCCUCUUUAAAGGCGGGUUAUAUAUUUUAUUUUUCACUCGCGGGGUUUGAGCGUUUUCGCGGGGCAAUGAGCAAGAAAAUGUGUGGCAUUGCAUCGCUCUUCCAGCAGAGAAAUUCCUCCUCGUCGUCGCCCCGGAGCCGGAGCUCCUAUUCCUGCGGCUCCAAUUCGGCUCUGGGAUCCGACUGGCUGCAGCGCGUCUCCAGCUCCUCGUGGGACGAUCUCAGCAGCCGCUCCUCCUCUGCCAUCUCCUCGCCCAAUUGCGGGGAGGCGGCGCCGCCGGAUGUGCCCGAGGGAUCGCUGGCGCUCUACGUGGGGCGGAGCGAGCAGCAGCGCCGGCGAUUCGUGGUGGGCACUGCCCAUCUCAACAAUCCCCUGUUUCGCCCGCUGCUCGACAAGGCCGCCGAGGAGUAUGGCUACCACUACGAAUCCGGGGCGCUCACCAUUCCCUGCGACGCGCACCUCUUCCAGCACGUAGUCUGGCUGCUCGACCACAGCGAUGAUCCGGCCGCCCAAAUCGGCCAGCUCCUCAGCUGCGGCUCGUCGUGAAUUUGGGCCUCGAUCGCCCAGGUGAUCGAUCCUCUUGCCCCUCUUAUCUGCGAGGAUUUCUCUUCCAGAGCGCGACGACGUACGACCCAAUGAAUCUUCCCGCAGGGAAACAAAAAGCCUCUCGGGGUGAAUUUUCGUUCGCGAUCUCAUACUCUCGCGCGCUGCUCGAGAAGAGAUUUGUAACAUCAUCUCCUAGAUAAAUCAAUCGAUCGAUCAUGGCAUAGAAA